AUGACUGAAAUAUCCUUUCAAUCUAGAAGAUCAACUGUUUAUUCCACAAAGGGGGUGGUGGCUUCAUCCCAACCAGCUGCUACAGCUGCUGGUGUAAAAAUAUUGGAAUUAGGUGGGAAUUGUGUAGAUGCUGCAAUUGCCGUAUCAGCAUGCUUAUGUGUAUUGGAACCUGCCUCAACUGGAAUUGGGGGUGAUUGCUUUGCAUUGUAUUAUGAACAGAAGUCUAAUAAGGUACAUGGAUUAAAUGGAUCUGGAAGAAGUGCAAGCUCCGCAACAGUAGACGCCACUUUGGAGAGUUUAAAGAACAAAGACGCCUUACGGAUUCCUUGGAACUCUAUACAUGCUGUUACUGUCCCGGGUGCAAUUGCCGGUUGGAUUGAUAGUAUAGAAGCAUGGGGAUCUGGUAAAGUUGGACUUGAUCAGAUUUUGGCACCUGCAAUCGAUUUAGCUAAAAAUGGAUUUGUAGUUCAUGAAGUUUCAGCAAAUAUUUGGAAACUGUGUGAAUCGAAAUUAAAGCUUCAAAAUCCAAAUCUUAAGGCUAACCCCUUUUUAAAUGAAAAUGGGCAGGCCCCAAAAGAAGGUGACUUAUUUUUCAAUCCUGGAAUUGCUAGUGUUCUUGAAUUGGUUGUUAAACAUGGUAAAAAGGGAUUUUAUGAAGGUUCAGUGGCAGAAGCUGUCAUUAAGACAACUUCUUCAAGAGGUCACAAUCUUUCUUUGGAAGAUUUGAAAUCCCAUACUUCUUCCAUUGUUGAGCCAAUUAGUAUUGAUUUUGAAAAACAUAGAGUGUGGGAGAUUGCUCCAAAUGGGCAAGGCUUGGUAGCUUUAUUGGCAUUGGGUAUGCUUCAGGAGCUUCAAAACGAGGGUGUAGUGGAUAUUUAUUCCCAUAAAGUGAAUUCGGUCGAGUACUUACACCUUCUUAUUGAACUUUGUAAACUUGGGUUUUACGAUUCUGAUGAGUAUGUAUCGGAUCCUGAUUUCGGAGAAGCUCCUUUAUCUGACCUCUUACAUAAAUCGUAUCUCCAGGAACGUUCUCAUCUUUAUUCGGCUUCUAAAAUUCUUGAUAGUGAGACCAUCACACAUGGAGUCCCCAACCCAAUAAAUAAAUCUGAUACGGUUUAUUUUACCGUUGCAGAUAAGAAUGGAGAUGCUUGUUCAUUUAUUAACUCUGUAUACGAAGGUUUUGGUUCUGCUGUAGUAGUUCCAGAGUUUGGCUUUUGUUUACAAAAUAGAGGGGCUAACUUCAAUUUGACAAAAGGUUCUAAAAACGCUUUAGAAGGAGGUAAAAGACCAUAUCAUACAAUCAUUCCAUCCAUGAUAACUAAUGUAAAUGACAACUCCUUGUAUGCAGCAUUUGGUAAUAUGGGAGGAUAUAUGCAACCUGUAGGACAUGUCCAGCAUGUUCUUAACAUGACUGUGUUUGGAAUGACUCCACAACAGCUGGUCGAUACUCCUAGGUUUUGCUUAUGCUCAGAUCCUACUGGUUUGGAUCGUGGUAGAGGUGCUGACGGCCCGGUAAGUACGCCUGUUACCGUAGUAGCACUUGAAGACGGCAUUCCUGAGGAAGUUGCAGAAGGGUUGCGUAAAUUGGGCCACACUGUUAAGCUGGUUAGUGGAAAUGGUAGAGGUCUUUUUGGUCGUGCCCAAAUUAUAAAAAACAUUGGUAAGGAUGGUAAAAUUGUUUAUGCGGCAGGUUCCGAUCCCAGAGGAGAUGGUGCAGCAGUUCCAAUAAUUUAG